UAAUUAAUUACAAGUAAUGCUUUUGAUAUAAGGAGUAUAUAUAACAUUUGUCCGAAAUAAUAGAAAAAAGAAAUGCAAGUAAUACCAUUAAAUAUCUCCGUUAAAUUCAAAAUAUUAUACUAAAUUAGAAGAAUAAAAUUUAGAGUAUAUUUAAUAAAUCUUUGCUAUUCUUUUCAAGCAAGCUUUCUGAGAAACUUAGAAAUAAUAAUGAAGCAAAUAACAAUCAGAAGUAAUGAUUCUUCUCUUUAUUAGCCAUCGUAUAGCACUAAUAACUGCAGCAAUCAGACUUAUAAUUUUUAUGAUGAUAAAAACACUAAUUAUACAAUAUCAAAUACUGUAGAUCUUGAAGCAAGAUCUCUCAUGUCUAGCAGAAUGAGCAAGAGAUAUUCAAGAUCUUUAUUUGAAAAAGGAUCAUUAUCUUUAUUUAAAACUAAGUCUAAUGAACCUUCGGUAGAAAAAAAUUUAUCCAAAAAAUAAAGCAACAAAUCUUUAAAUGAGAAUUUAGUUAAAAAUAAGGUGCAAAUUUACGAUCAGCUCAAAAGUAACACUCAACUUUAUUCAGAUUCUUUCUAAAUGGAGAGAUUGAAUUACACUGAAUUAUUUGCUAAGAGAGUGAAUUACUAAGGUAUUAUUCUUUUUGAACCGAAUCCUUAUCUUUUGCCUGUUUUCAGGAAGGAUAAAAAAAAGCAUCAGACAAAGGUUUCUGAUGUUUCGCUGCUUUUAUUCAAUCAAUACAUGAAAAAGUCAAAUUAGCAGAAAGAAAAAAUGGCAAAAUAGCUACAAAAGUAGUUAGCAAAAGAAGUUGAAAGCCAAAAUUCUGAAUUAAAUUACAUGAAGAAAAGUGAAUUUAAAAAUAAUAAUUUUUUUAACAAGAAUUUAAAGAGAAAGCUUGUAAAAAACAAAGCCAAACAAAAUGUAGAAUAAUUAACUUUAUCUCCUUCUUGCAAUCAAGUGAAAAAAGCUCGAUCAUUUUCAGAGGACUAAAAUCAAUUUAAAUUUUCGUAAACUUAGAACACCUUUUUCUGCAAAGAAAAAGGCAACAAUAAUAAAUCUAAUAAUAUAAGCUCAGAAAUGUAAUAAAAAAAUAAGAAUCAUUAAAGCAAUUAAACUGUUGGAUAUGAUCCUUACGGCGCAGAUUAGUAAACAUUACCCACCUAAUCUAGGAGAUAAAGCUAUAUAAAAUCAAAUAGGCAACUCAGUUAUGAUGAAAAACUGUAAGAAAAAGAAACUGAAGCUUCAGAAAACAAUACAGGCUCUAAAAGAUAAAUACUUUCAAAUAUUUACAAAGAUCGUAUUUAAAAUUUAUCUAAAAUUUUAACUGAGUAAAAGUAAAGCUAACUUGUAAGACCUUAAACAGCUUAGGUUAGUCGAAGAGUCUAUUUGUAGUAGCCGAACUAUAAUAGUAUCUAACAUAAAACAAUACAUGAUCAAGCUUUUUAUUGA